AUGUCCAUUUCAGCAGGCGCAGAGGAAACAAGAGAGUCAGCAGAGUCUGCUCAAGGAGCAGCAGCUGGCAAGGGCAGCAGCAGCUUUUCACGCGCCUCGCAGGGUCCCUGUGGGGGUCCCACCGCCUCCCCCUCACAGAAAAAGCGAGAAGAUGCUACUGCUGCCGCUGCUUCGUCUGCAUCAGCAGCAGAGACAGUUCGCCUGAUAAGCAUGGAGGGGAAAGCCAUAGAUGUGCCGCUGCACAUAGCAGAAGAGUGCGAGCUCCUGAAGCGAAUGCUGUCCGGUACAUUCACGGAGAGCAGAUCACGAGAGCUUCAGCUGCAGAACAUUCGCUAUAAUAUUCUAUGCAAAGCCGUUGAGUAUCUACGCCGCAGGCACCAGUGGAGGGAGGAGGGGGGUGCCCCUUUGGAGUUUGAAAUUGAACCUGAAAUCGCAGUUGACCUCCUCAUUGCUGCGGACUACUUAGGGAUGAAGUAG